AUGAGCUCGAGCGGCGUCGUCGCCGAGCCGGCGAACGCCGAGCUCGGGCCGAACGAUUGCUUGGAGUGCGGUGGACGAGGCGUGGUGGCGUGUGAUAUGUGCGGAGGAACGGGUAAAUGGAAGGCGCUGAACCGUAAGCGGUCGAAGGAUACGUACGAGUUCACGGAGUGCCCGCAGUGCUUCGGGCGUGGUAUUCGAGUGUGUCCGGUGUGCUUCGGCACGGGCGAACGCAACGUAAAGGGUUUAUUGCGUAGAACCGAAGCGACAGAGCUCGUGAAGGCGAUGCAACGCGGUGAACUCCGACCGGGUGACGUGCAAGCGCUCAUCGAGGAGGGUAGGUCGAUGAACACCGAACGCGGGGGCUUCGACGCCGCCCCCGCGCCCGCGAAGCCAGCGGCGCAGCGUGAAUUUUUAUAA